AUGGCAGUUUUUCAAAAGCGCUAUAUUUUUCUUUUCCUUAUUCUUGUUUUCUCUUCACUUUCAUCCACAAUCAUAUCAUCGGAAAAGACAGAAGUCGAAGCUCUUCUAAAAUGGAAGAAUAGCUUAUUAUCUUCUAAUAAUUCCAUCACUUCAUGGUCUGUCACCGACUUCAAAAAUCAUUGCAACUGGACUGGUAUUGUCUGUCACAGUACUAAAACUGUAUCCGAGAUCAAUCUGUUCGAUUCGAAUUUGAAUGGAACACUUACCCAAUUCAAUUUCACUUCAUUUCCAUAUCUCACCCAUUUCAACCUCAGUAGCAACCAACUCAAUGGGCCAAUUCCAUUUACAAUUGGCAAUCUCUCCAUGCUUCUUGUUUUGGACUUGAGUAACAAUAAUUUUGAGGGCAUUAUACCUUCAGAGAUUGGGUGGUUGACAGAGCUUGGGUACCUUGGUUUCUGCAACAACAAUCUCAGUGGUAGCAUUCCAUAUCAAGUUAGCAAUCUUCAGAAGGUAUGGCACUUGGAACUUGGAUUUAACCAUUUAGAAACUCCAGAUUGGUCAAAAUUCUCAGGUAUGCCUAUGUUGACUCAUCUUAACUUUAGUUCCAAUGAACUUACCUCUGAAUUUCCAAAUUUCAUAAUCCAUUGCCCCAACCUCACUUUGCUUGAUUUGUCAUACAAUCAUUUCACUGGCCAAAUACCUGAGUUGUUAUUCACCAAUCUUGCCAAACUUAAGUAUCUUAUACUCUCUAGUAAUUCAUUUGAAGAGUUAUUGUCAUCAAAUAUUUCAAAGCUUUUGAAGCUCAAAGAUCUUGAUCUGGGUGACAACCAGUUUGUGGUUCAAUUCCUGAGGAGAUUGGAUUAG